AUGUCUGAUAACAGGAGGCGUAGAAGAGAUCCAGAAGAUGACGAGCAUGACUCUGACAAUGAAAAUGUCGGUAUGCCGCCAUCCUCGCCACAACAUCAUGGUUCAAGAAACCUGUUUGGUCCUGGGUCAUCACCCAUUGGUUCCCCUGUUAGAGAUGAGGAUCAGGAGAACGAUGAUGAGUUGGGCAUGUUGAAUCCAGAAGGUGAUGAUAACGAGAUUGAUGAUGCACCUGAUAUUGAUGAAGUGGAAGAACAAAUGAACGAAGUUGAUCUUAUGGAUGACGACAUGUACGGCGAUUACAGGUCUGAUCCAACCAAGGAUAGAUAUGAAGGGUUAGGUGUUGAUGAUACUGAACAGAAAGAACUGAGUCUGAGCGACAGAAGAAGAAUUGAUGCACAAUUAAAUGAAAGAGAUAGACUUUUGAAGAAUGUGGCCUAUUUAGAUGAUGAUGAUGAAGCCAUGGGAAACGAACAAUUGGAUGAAAUGGGUUUGCCAAAACAAAGAAGAAGGCGUAGAAGGCAAUACGAGGAUUUUGAACAUAGUGAUGAUGAUCUACUAAGUGAUUUGGAUGCUGAUCCAUUAAGAGAAGAAUUGACAUUAGAGUCACUAAGUAAUGUUAAGGCCAACAGUUAUUCUGAAUGGGUUGUUCAACCUAAUGUCUCCAGGACAAUCGCAAGAGAACUAAAAUCAUUUUUGCUUGAAUACACAGAUGAAACUGGUAGAUCGGUCUAUGGUGCACGUAUUAGAGUGUUAGGUGAAAUGAAUUCUGAAUCUCUAGAAGUAAAUUUUAGACAUCUUGCUGAAUCAAAGGCUAUAUUAGCGCUGUUUUUGGCAAAGUGUCCGGAAGAAAUGCUUAAGAUUUUUGAUUUGGUCGCAAUGGAGGCAACUGAAUUGCACUAUCCGGAUUAUUCACGUAUCCAUUCAGAAAUUCAUGUUAGAAUAUCAGAUUUCCCAACAAUUCACAACUUAAGAGAAUUACGUCAGUCUAAUUUAUCUACAUUGGUCCGUGUGACUGGUGUUGUGACAAGAAGAACAGGUGUCUUCCCACAACUAAAAUAUGUGAAAUUCAACUGUCUCAAGUGUGGCUCUAUCUUGGGGCCGUUUUUCCAAGAUUCAAAUGAAGAAAUAAAAAUUUCAUUCUGUACUAAUUGUAAAUCUAAAGGCCCUUUUAGUAUUAACGGUGAAAAGACAGUUUAUCGUAAUUACCAAAGAAUCACGCUACAAGAAGCACCAGGUACAGUACCUGCAGGUCGUUUGCCAAGGCACAGAGAAGUUAUUCUAUUAGCUGAUCUUGUUGAUGUAUCAAAGCCCGGUGAGGAAAUUGAAGUGACUGGUAUCUAUAAGAAUAACUAUGAUGGUAAUUUGAAUGCUAAAAAUGGUUUCCCAGUUUUUGCAACUAUAAUUGAAGCAAAUGCAGUAAGAAGAAGAGAAGGAAAUCUUGCUAAUGAGAAUGAAGAAGGUUUAAAUGUAUUUAGUUGGACAGAAGAAGAAGAGAGAGAGUUCAGAAAAUUAUCCAAGGAUAGAGGAAUUGUUGAUAAGAUUAUUGCUUCCAUGGCGCCUUCCAUCUAUGGUCACAAAGAUAUUAAAACCGCUGUAGCAUGCUCGCUUUUUAGUGGUGUACCAAAAAAUAUCAAUGGUAAGCACGCCAUUCGUGGUGAUAUAAAUGUUCUAGUCCUCGGUGACCCAGGUACUGCAAAAUCUCAGAUAUUGAAAUAUGUUGAGAAAACUGCCCACAGAGCUGUGUUUGCAACAGGUCAAGGUGCGUCUGCUGUUGGUUUGACCGCUUCAGUACGUAAAGAUCCCAUCACAAAAGAAUGGACACUAGAAGGUGGUGCUCUUGUGCUUGCUGAUAAGGGUGUCUGUUUGAUUGAUGAAUUCGAUAAAAUGAAUGAUCAAGACAGAACAUCUAUUCACGAAGCUAUGGAACAACAAAGUAUUUCUAUUUCUAAAGCUGGUAUUGUUACAACAUUGCAAGCCCGUUGUUCUAUCAUUGCUGCAGCAAAUCCAAAUGGUGGUAGAUAUAACUCAACUCUUCCGUUGUCUCAAAAUGUGAGUCUAACUGAGCCCAUUUUAUCAAGAUUUGAUAUUUUAUGUGUUGUUAGAGAUGUAGUAGAUGAAGAAUCGGAUGAAAGGUUGGCAUCAUUCGUUGUUGAUUCUCACGUACGUUCUCAUCCGGGUUAUGAUUCUAUUGAUGACGAAGAAGGAAAGGACGGUGAGCAGAAAAAUGAUGAUGAUAUACAGUUAUCAAAUAGACAAAAGAGAGCAGAGCGUCAAAGGAAAAAAGAGGAGGAGAUCUCCCCAAUACCACAAGAAUUACUAAUAAAAUACAUUCAUUAUGCCAGAACCAAGGUGUAUCCUAGACUUCAUCAAAUGGAUAUGGACAAAGUAAGCAAGGUGUAUGCUGAUUUAAGAAGAGAAAGUAUCACAACUGGUUCUUUCCCUAUUACAGUGCGUCACUUGGAAUCUAUUCUAAGAAUAGCAGAAUCUUUCGCUAAGAUGAGGCUAUCAGAAUUUGUAUCGUCAUGGGAUUUGGAUAGAGCUAUUAAAGUGGUGGUUGAUUCUUUUGUGGAUGCUCAAAAGAUCAGUGUUCGCCGCCAAUUGCGGAGAUCAUUUGCUAUCUAUACAUUAGGACAAAAUUAA